GCUCGUGCCUGAGUGCCGAGCUUCUCACCAGACGCGCUAACUGUUCGGUUUGCUUGCGGAGCUAGCUGGGGAAGCUUCAGCGCUAGCUGACAGUAUUUAUAAAACCACACGCCGCCUGGACGAAGGGCUACUGAGGGAACUUCUGUACUAUUAAGAGGAUGGAGGCAGACGGUGGGCCUCCCUCUUCAGAAGCGCCUGACGACCGCUCCCAGCGAGGAAGCAUCGCUUCGUCUGCAGCGCUGACCCGUGCUCAGGAUGUGGUGAUCUACCUGGUGAGGGACUUGGCCCCCGUCCCGCUGACGGUGGAGGGGCUGGGCGUGGUCAGCGUCCAGGAGCUCGCCCGCGACGUGCGGCAGGCGCUCCGAAUCCCCGAGGCCAACCAGGACGCCUUCGCCCUCUGGCUCUGCUCCCCCCUGCUCGAGCUGCAGCUGAAGCCCCGCCACCAGCCCUACAAGCUGUGCCGGCAGUGGCAGGACCUCCUCUACCGCUUCACCGAGGCUUCUGCUGAGGACAUCUCCCAAGACGAGCCCUGUCUGCAGUAUCGGCGGAACGUGUUUUAUCCAAAGUCUAAAGAGCUCCUGGUGGAGGACCAGGGGGUGCUGAGGCUGCUGUACGAGGAGGCCCGGGGCAACAUCCUGUCGGACCGCUACCCCUGUGACCCCGACCACUGGACGGGGCUGGGGGCGCUGGCUCUGGCCCUGGACGAGGGCCCCCACCUCUGCACCCAGACGCUGGCCGCCGUCCUCAAAGAGAAGAAGCUGGUCUCCUUCCUGCCGGCCUCGGUGGCGUUCGGCGCCGGGGGCCUGCUGUCCACACUGAGGGGGCGGGGCCGGCGGCAGGCCGCUCUGGAACACAAGCUGCUGGACGAGUACCGCAAGACCUGCUCCGGGGCCUCGGACGGCCCCAGCCUCCUGCACCAGUACCUGGGCACCUGCCACGCCCUGCCCUACUACGGGUCGGCCUUCUUCCCCGGGGAGAUCGACCGGCCGGCGCAGGGCCUGCUCCAGAGGGGCCGGCGGAAGGUGGUCAGCGUGGGGAUCAGCCUGGACGGGGUGUACGUCAUGGACGUCAAGGAGAAGCACGUUCUCCUGGGGCUGCUGUUCUGCCAGCUGUCCUGGGACCACAGCUACCCCGAUGAGGAGGGCGACUCCCACGUCCUGUGGCUGGAGUUCGACGGAGAGGAGGACGGGACCGCAGUGAACAAGCUGCUGAAGAUCUACUCCAAACAGGCCGAGCUGAUGAGCGGCCUCAUCGAGUUCUGUGUGGAGCUGAGCUCGCCGUCCGGGGGCGUGGCCUCAGCGGCGCCGCAGGACGGGGCGGGCGGCGAGGAGGCGGCCCCCCGGCCGGAGGAGGAGGAGCCGGGGAAGGGGCGUGGCGGGAGGCGGGGCCGGCUGAGCAGGCAGGACAGCGUGGUGUGCAGCCGCGUGCAGAACCUCAGCACCAUCAGCUACGUGGACACCGGUAAGGAGAUCAAGCGUCUGAAGCCGCGCCGCGCCGCCUCCUUCUUCUCCCGUCAGAACACGGCCCCUGCCUACGCCACCGUGCUGGUGGGGGACGGCCUGGAGCAGGGCUAGACCCCCCAGGGCCCCACACACCAAACCUGUACAUUAUAAACACUGAAGAGAACCAAGAGGACCAGACCCCAGGGGCCCCCUGCUGGGG